AUGGCAAGCGAUUAUGUUUUGGCCAGUAGUGAUGAUGCUGAAUCUCGUCGGGAUGAAGAGAUACCAGAUUAUUAUGAGCCAAUUGAUGAUAAUGACCCAGCUCCUCUGCCAGAGUUGUCAGAAGCGAUUGUGAUAAUGCAACAUGAGGCCUUCGAUAAGUACAUUGCAACUCGUGUUUGUGUUCCACAGGGAGACCAAAUGUCUUAUGUCACAGUCACCAAGCGCAAGAGGAACCCAGAUGGAAAACUGAUUGGUCUCUCGAAUUCUAACCCAUUGCUUGAUACUUCCAUUUAUGAGGUGGAGUCUGACAGUGGCGAGACGAGGCCUACUCGGCAAAUCUAUGUGCAGGAGUCUAUCAUGUCGUGUCAGUGGAUGAUGUCAGGCUACACUUUGUAUUGA